AUAAUACUAGUUUUGACCCUUUGGGUCCCUACGAUUUUUUCUCAAAGUGAUUGGUGGCAAACAGGACAGUUUUAUCAGAUUUAUCCUCGAUCAUUUAAAGAUUCAAAUGGUGAUGGCAUCGGAGACCUUAAUGGAAUCUGAGAAAAGCUUCCCCAUUUGAAGGAUAUUGGCAUCACGGCAGCAUGGCUUUCUCCAAUAUAUAAGUCACCAAUGAAGGAUUUUGGUUACGACAUUGCCGACUUUAAAGCCAUUCAGCCAGAAUACGGAACCAUGGCGGACUUUGAGGCACUUUUGAAAAGAGCAAGUGAGCUUGGUAUUAAGUUGAUAAUGGAUUUAGUUCCCAACCAUACAAGUGAUCUCCAUGAAUGGUUCCAAAAGUCGGUGAAUCGAGUUAAAGGAUACGAGGAUUUCUAUGUAUGGCAUGAUGGCUACCCAGAUCCUAAGAACUCGUCUAACCGGCUUCCACCAAGUAAUUGGCUAUCAAUGUUUCGAGGAAGUGCCUGGAAAUGGAAUACCAAACGUCAACAAUUUUAUCUCCAUCAAUAUUUAGCUGAACAGCCAGAUUUAAAUUAUCGCAAUCCACUUGUAAUUGAAGCCAUGGAAGAUGUCCUCACUUUUUGGCUUGAUAAAGGGGUCGCUGGAUUCCGUGUGGAUUCAGUUCCAACGGUUUUUGAAGUGAAAGCUGAUAGUAAAGGAAAGUAUCCAGAUGAGCCAAAAAGUGGUCUCACCAGCGACCCAGAGAACGCCGACUAUCUGACACAUAUUUACACACAAGAUCAACCAGAAACCACCGAGCUUGUCUAUAGAACUCGUGCUUUUCUCGAUGAAUACCAACGAAAAAAUGGUGGCGAUACCAGGAUAAUCCUUACUGAAAUUUAUUCGCCCAUUAAUAUCAUAAUGCAGUAUUAUGGAAAUGGAACAUAUAAUGGUGCCCAUAUUCCCUUCAAUUUUAACUUCAUCAGGCGAGCUAAUGGAACCUCGAAGGCACCAGACUAUGCUGCUGUUAUUGCUCUAUGGAUGGAUAACAUGCCGAAGCAAUACACUGCAAAUUGGGUGAUUGGAAACCACGACAACCGACGAGUGGGAAGUCGCUACGGACCUGAAAGGAUUGAUUCCAUGAACAUGCUCCUUAUGGUAUUGCCCGGAGCUAGUGUCACAUACAACGGCGAGGAAAUAGGAAUGUUGGAUGUUGAUAUAUCGUGGAACGAUACGGUCGAUCCAGCCGCAUGCAAUUCAAAUCCUCAAAUCUUUCAACAAUUCACACGGGAUCCAGCAAGGACACCUUUUCAAUGGGACGAUUCGAAGAAUGCAGGUUUUUCGACGGCUAACAAAACAUGGCUUCCCAUUCACCCCAACUAUAAACAAGUCAAUGUUAAAGCAGAGCUAGCCGCCGCAAGAAGUCAUUUGAAGGUCUACAAGGAUUUAGUACAACUUCGUAAGACAUCCAGGACCCUACAACGUGGUGAUCUUAAAUAUAAGGCACUGAACGAUAAUGUGCUUGCUGUCCAAAGGUAA